GUCAAGUUCGCGCUUAAAACGAACUUUGGAGGAUGUCAGACAGCCAAGAGAAGCAAGUCGUCCAAGCGCCAGUCAAGCGCUCAUACCCAUUCUGGCUGGGAGGUGUUGCUGCAUCACUCGCUGCAUGCCUCACUCAUCCACUCGAUCUUACGAAAGUACGGAUGCAGACUACAGCACCAAAGGAUAGACACAAUAUGCUUAAAACUAUGAUUAUGACAGUAAAAGAUCAAGGUAUAAAAGGAUUAUACGUCGGAUUGACAGCAUCCGUAUUUAGACAAAUGACUUACUCUAUAACGCGAUUUGGUGCUUAUGAACAACUUAAAUCAUACACCAGCAAGCCAGGACAACAAUCAAGCGCUGCUAAUAUGGUCCUUUGUGCUUCUGGUGCUGGUGCACUCGGAGGUAUUGCAGGUAAUCCAGCUGACAUCAUAUUAGUCAGAAUGACAUCGGAUGCCACGAAACCAGCUGCUGAGAGAAUGGGGUACAGGAACGCCUUACAUGGAUUAUUCAGAAUGACGAAAGACGAAGGUAUAAACUCACUCUUUAGAGGUUUAGGACCAAAUACCGUGCGCGCAAUCUUAAUGAACGCCUCACAAUUAGCAAGUUACGACUAUUUCAAGAGAAGUUUAGUAGAUUACGCAGAGAUGGAGGAAGGUUUACCAUUGCACUUCUCAGCCUCAUUCUUGGCUGGUACACUCGCAACGACUGUUUGCUCACCAGCGGAUGUUAUCAAGAGUAGAGUUAUGAGCGAAUCUAAGAAGGGUGGAAGUAUCGCAGAAAUGUUCAAGACCUCACUCAAGAAUGAAGGACCUGGAUUCUUAUUCAGAGGAUGGACGCCUGCGUGGAUUAGAUUGUGCCCUAACUCUAUCGCUAUCUUUGUCAUAUUAGAGCAGCUCCGUUGGGCGGUAGACAAAGCUAGAGAUCUCAAAUAGAUUGAAUUAUAGAUUUUUUAAUUAAUGCAUUCCAUUUUAUUUGCUUUG